GUUGACCGCGCCCGCCUCCUUCUUCUUCUUCCUCCUCCUCCUCCGCCUCCUUCCUCUUCUUCCGCUUCUGCUGCUGCUGCUUCGUUCGUCCGCUGCUGCUACUCUCGUCAGUGCGCUUCCGACGCGCAUUUGGCCGCACAUUGCCGCCAUCUCGUGGCUCCGGCGAGUUCCCGACUCUUCCUGGCGUCUCCCGCUCUCUCUCUCUCUCUCUCUCUCCUCUCUCCAUGGACGAAGAACACCACCUCCUUGGGUAGCUUCGGUUCAGCCUCAGGAUGAAGUUCUAUGCUGGAGUACUUCGAAGAAUGGGCGGGGAUCUGUCUGUUGGUUUAGGGGAAGGCUAUCCAGGGCAUGGCUGCGAGUCGGCGGGGUCUCCUCCAUAUUAUUAUUCUACUGGGUUAGGAUGCCGCCUUUUCAACUGAAUGAAGAACGUCGCCUAGCCUUGUGUUGUGAAUGAGGGAAAAUGAUUUCGCACGAUCAAGAUCAUGAUUUUGUUCAGUGGGGUCUCCAGCUCUUUGACAGCAAUCCGUAUUCCAAUUGCGGAUACUGUAGUACCUUGACUCAGGAUAAUUUAGACUACUAUCCGGGACCCUACUUCGAGGAAGAUGAUUUUAGCAUGGAUUGUGGGAAUGUGGAUAGUGAUGAACUUAUAGCACAUGCUCUUCAAGAGGAACUAUCUCAGCUCGCUGUUACAGAAACAGAUCAAUCUGCACAUGAAGAAUCAGAACAGUUGCAACCAUCUUUCUUCUUGCACAAUUGGCCUGACCAAUCUAUUCAAAACUAUGCUUCAGGACAGGACGAAGCAGAAGCUAUCUUACAUUCCAGCUCAUGUCCCAGCCCUGAUGAAGAGGCUUGCUGCAGGGAAGACUGGCCAUAUUCCUUAGAGCUACCAGAUGAGUAUGCCUACGACGGCGAACUGGGAAGGAGGUUAAAUCAAAUGAUUUGUGUUCCGCAUGUGCCAAAAACCAAUGGUGAGAUUCCAUCGGUGGAUGAAGCGACUUUAGAUCAUCAACGGCUACUUGAGAGAUUGGAGCUUUAUGGUCUGGUGGAGCGCAAAGUUCAAGGAGAUGGUAACUGUCAGUUCCGAGCCCUGUCUGAUCAGAUCUACCACACCACCGAGCACCAUGACUUUAUGAGACGGGAAAUCGUUGAACAGCUGAAGUCUUGCCCAGAUAUAUAUGAGGGAUAUGUGCCUAUGGCUUAUGAUGACUAUUUGGAGAAGAUGUCUAAGACUGGUGAAUGGGGCGAUCAUGUCACGUUGCAGGCUGCUGCAGACUUGCAUGGCGUUAGAAUAUUUGUCAUAACUUCUUUCAAGGACACAUGCUACAUUGAGAUUCUUCCAAAUGAUCAAAAGUCUAAACGAGUUAUAUUCUUGAGUUUUUGGGCAGAGGUGCAUUAUAACUCAAUAAUCCUGGAGGAAGAUGUGUCUCCAUCUCAAAUGAAGAAGAAGAAAGGAUGGCGAAUGUUUCGAAACAAGCACUUGGAGUCCUCAGAGGAAUAUCACUGACAGAGGGACAUGCUCUCAUAGUUCGCAUGACAAAGGGAGAAAACUUCAAUCCGUCUCGUUCCUCCAGCCUCGGCUCCACUGUACAUGUCCUAACCUCGUCCAAGACCUUUCUUUUCGGCUUUAUUCUUUGAAUAAGUGAUUUAAUCUUGUGGAAUUCUUUCACAGUACAGCUAGGCACGACAUUUUAUCUUCAUCUCUUCAGAAAAUUUGCACUCUUUUUAUGGAGUUUCCAACUGGGGUAUGUGAUUGCAAUCGCAUGUCUCGUGUAGUCAUUGAAUCAAAUAUAUAGUAUGAUAUGAAGGUAUCCCC